AUAUUACUUUGAAGUAAAUGCAUCCAUUUUCAAUGGCUCGAGGAAAUUGUGUAAACGUUGCUCUAAUUACACUGUGGUUGAUAUCAGGAGUGAUACAUUGCCAAACCUGCAACCCUGAGUCUACGCUGUGUAAGAAACGUGAUAUUUUAAAAUUGGAAGAUCGCAUAUCUGGAGAACUUGAAUCAUUGCGGUCGGACGUGAAACAUGACAUUUCUCAAUUGAUAGAUGAAUUAGAGAAGAUAAAUACAAUCGGUGAUAAGCCAAGUGUGAGCGCUGAGAAAGUGAACAAAGAUAUAAUUUGUGAUCGUCAGUCCAAAACUUUGAAGUGUUCUGAAAAGAAAUCGACUAUUACUAUUCUUAAUGGAGACUAUGGUAGAAAAGAUACACAAACCUGCGCAAAACCAGGAGCUAAUCCCAGUUACUAUGCAGACACAUCCUGUAGUAGUAAAAAGAAAACAUUGAUGUAUCUGAAGAGCAUGUGUGAUGGAAAGCAAGCAUGCUUUGUAGACAUAGUAACGUUUAACAGAAAUGUCGGAGAUCCAUGUCCAAAUAUAGAUAAAUAUGUUGACGUUCAGUGGAUAUGCAAAGUGGUUGCAAAUGAAGAAUGCUUUAGCAAGCCAAUGGAAUGCCCAAAUGGUUUCGAGCGUCAUUAUGAUUCUUGCUAUCACUAUGCACAUGGAGACAAAAAGGUAUCAUGGUUUGAAGCGAACGAUAACUGCAAAGGUAUGAAAUCUCAUCUCCUUGCAAUCGAAUCCCCUGCCGAAAUGGAAUUCAUCAAAUCCAAGCAUAGAAUCGCUCUCUGGACCGGAGGAAACAUACUGAGUGGUGGGAGAAAAUUCAAAUGGGCCGAGGGUGGCUGUUAUAAAGCUAGAGAAGUAGGCUACUCGAACUGGAGUCCAAAUGGUCCACAGCCAGAUAACCACUUGGGGAAAGAGUCUUGUCUCAUGAUAUGGGAUCAACAUUUCCGAUGGGCUGAUUUUGAUUGCAACAACAAACUCAGUUAUGUCUGUGAAAUAAAUUUGUAA